UCUACGCGACUCCAUCUUCUUCUUCCUUCCAAUGAAUGUCAAUGAAAAAAAAAAACUUCUUUUAUCAAUUUAGGAUUUAGGGUUUCUGAUAUUUUCAAUCCAAACAAAGCCGAUUAAGAAAUCCCUCUCUUUCUUGCCAUUCUUUACCAAUUCAUCUCCAUAAAUCGCCCCUUUUUGGGCACCAUUCAUUGUCCGAUCUGGUCAAAUGAAUCGUCUUUCAUUUGACGAUCACAUUCGAUUCGCAACUUUUUCUCACUAGUCCGACACUCAACUGUCCUUUUUCCCCGCGCUUUUUACUCACUCGGCAUCUUCUAUUGUACUAUUUCGAUUCGUAUAUGGAUUUUGACGGUAAUAAGGGAGUAUUCCAACGAUUAAGACCGUCGGGCGGCGGCGGCGGCGGCGCUGGGGGUGGCGGCGACAGUAGAAAUCAGAAGGUUUGUUUUCAUUGGAGGGCGGGCAAGUGUAAUAGAUUCCCAUGUCCUUAUUUACACAGAGAAUUGCCUGCACCUCAUUUGAAUAACAAUAACGGCACUUCAUCAGCUAAACGGUCUCAAGGAUUCUCCAACGACCAGAAUUUUAUCCGCCGGAGUCCCAAUUUUAAUGGGUCUUCUACUUGGGGACGAGUGCACGGUGGUGGUGCGAACAGUCAUAUUGUGAAGAAGACAGAAAAGUUGUGUAAUUUCUGGACUCAAGGAAAGUGUGCUUAUGGAGAUAAGUGUAAAUAUUUGCAUUCGUGGUGUACGGGUGAUUUCUCAUUGUUAACGCAGCUUGAAGGGCACCAGAAGGUUGUUACUGGAAUAACAAUGCCAUCUGGAUCAGAUAAGCUUUACACAGGGGGUAAGGAUGAGACUGUCAGACUUUGGGACUGUCAAUCUGGACAGUGUGCUGCAGUUAUCAAUUUAGGGGGAGAAGUAGGAUGUAUGCUAAAUGAAGGUCCAUGGGUAUUUGUUGGUUUGCCAAAUAUGGUCAAGGCAUGGAACACCCAAACAAACACUGAGCUGAGUCUUGUCGGACCUGUCGGGCAAGUCCAUGCACUAGUGGUGGGGAAUGGUUUGCUCUUUGCUGGCACACAGGAUGGGACUAUUUUAGCAUGGAGAUUUAAUGCGGCUGUCAAUAAUUUUGAACCUGCAGCAUCACUUACAGGUCAUACUAUGGCUACUGUGACAUUAAUUGUUGGCGCUAAUAGACUAUACUCUGGUUCGAUGGACAAUUCAAUUAGAGUGUGGAGUCUCGAUAAUUUCCAGUGUUUGCAGACAUUAACAGAUCACACGUCAGUUGUAAUGUCCAUUCUUUGCUGGGAACAGUUCCUCUUAUCAUGUUCGUUGGACAAUACAAUUAAGGUUUGGGCUGCAACUGAAAGUGGAAACCUUGAGGCCACUUACACACACAGUGAAGACACUGGUCUUCUUGCACUUUGCGGAAUGCAUGACUUGGAAGGAAAACCGAUCCUACUGUGCUCGUGCAAUGACAACACAGCUCGUGCUUAUGACUUGCCAUCAUUUUCCGAGAGAGGCAAAAUAUUUGCUAAACAAGAGAUUCGAACCAUUCAAAUAGGCCCUGGAGGUUUAUUCUUUACGGGCGAUGGAGCAGGCUCUGUAAAAGUGUGGAAUUGGUCGCCGCCCACAUCUUCUGCUGCUAAUGCUUGAUGGCGGAGAAUUUUUUUUCUUUUAUUCCCUUGAAGAAUUCUUAUUUUUUUUUCAAGAAUUUUUGCAAAAACAUAAGAUAUAAGAUUUGAGCUGUGAAAUAAGUGAAGGUAACAUUUAGUUUUGUAGAGAGAAACCAUUUUCCAUCUACCCUUGUGUAAUUGUACUAUUUUUGGAUUAUCAACUAUAUUAUUUUGUCUUC